UGCUCUUCGGAGCAGAGAAGAAAAGACUCCUCCAGCUCUCUUCUCUCCUCCUCCUUCUCUGCCUUUUCUCUUGUAAAUCCAACUUUUAAGAAGCUCCCUGUUGGUUGGGUGCCCUGCAUGGGGGUGCGGAAGGGGUUGCUGCAGUCUCUACCCUGUAGAUUAGGUGCCAGGGACUGUACAACCCUCUUCUAUAAGGCCCAGCCUGUGCACCCCCUGAAUGUAGGAUCCACCAGACACGGGGGUGCAGCUGGUGACUGCCAGGAGAGCCCACUAAGCACCCCCCCAGCAUGGCACAAGUCAGCCCCAGGAAGCAGCAGUGACCCACCUGAGGACCAUGAAGCUCUUCGUCUCUUGCCCCGGUGGCCCCUGUGUGUGGAGGUAUGGCCUCAUCACUGCAAAUCUUAUCCUCCCAUUGCCUCCCGUUGAGCUCCUAUUGUAGCUUGAACAAGCCAAAGUUGGAAUCAAGCUUCACCUGGGAUAUGACUGGUUACGGCUGCCACAGCAAGGUCUACAACCCAGGCAAGAUCAACUCCACGACUGGCCAACCCUUGCUUGCCCACGCUUCCCUGCUUAAGGUACCUUACGAGCAGACUGUCAUCUUCCCCACCAGUGCAGGUCACAUCCUGGUGACCUCGUCCAGCAGCGGGUCCUCAGCAGCAGCCAGCGCUCAGUCGCUCGGCGGCCCUCAAACCAACCUGAUGAGGCGCAGCACUGUCAGCCUUCUGGACACAUACCAGAAGUGCGGGCUGAAGAGGAAGUGUGAGGAGCUAGAUAACGGCAGCGUCCAGAUUGUAGACGAACACCCUCCCAUGACCCAAAACAAUGUCAGCGGGGCCACGGCUGCCACAACCUCUACAGCCACCUCCAAGAACAGUGGCUCCAAUAGUGAAGGGGACUACCAGCUGGUGCAGCAUGAGGUCCUCUGCUCCAUGACCAACACCUAUGAGGUGCUGGAGUUCCUGGGCAGAGGUACCUUUGGGCAGGUGGUCAAGUGCUGGAAAAGGGGCACCAAUGAAAUUGUGGCAAUCAAGAUCUUAAAGAACCACCCCUCCUAUGCCAGGCAAGGGCAGAUCGAGGUCAGCAUCUUGGCGCGGCUCAGCACGGAGAGUGCAGAUGACUUCAACUUCGUGAGGGCCUACGAGUGUUUCCAGCACAAGAAUCACACCUGCCUUGUGUUUGAGAUGUUGGAACAGAACCUGUAUGACUAUCUGAAGCAGAACAAGUUCAGUCCGCUGCCUCUCAAGUACAUCAGGCCUGUGCUACAGCAGGUAGCCACUGCGCUCAUGAAGCUCAAGAGUUUGGGACUGAUCCACGCGGACCUGAAACCGGAGAACAUCAUGUUGGUCGACCCUUCCAGGCAGCCAUACAGGGUGAAGGUCAUAGACUUUGGUUCAGCAAGUCAUGUGUCAAAAGCUGUGUGUUCCACCUACCUGCAGUCCAGAUAUUACAGGGCUCCAGAGAUCAUCCUCGGGUUGCCGUUUUGCGAAGCCAUCGACAUGUGGUCUCUGGGUUGUGUCAUCGCUGAGCUGUUCCUGGGGUGGCCCCUGUAUCCUGGAGCCUCUGAGUAUGACCAGAUCCGAUACAUCUCACAAACCCAAGGACUUCCCGCUGAAUAUCUCCUUAGUUCUGGAACCAAAACCACAAGGUUCUUCAAUCGUGAUGGUGACUCGCCUUAUCCUCUGUGGAGACUAAAGACCCCAGAGGAUCAUGAAUCAGAGACCGGCAUUAAAUCCAAAGAAGCCAGAAAGUACAUCUUUAACUGCCUGGAUGAUAUGGCGCAGGUGAACAUGACCUCAGAUCUGGAAGGCAGUGACAUGCUCGUAGAGAAGGCAGACAGGCGAGAGUUCAUUGACUUGCUGAAGAAGAUGCUGACCAUCGAUGCGGAUAAGAGAAUAACCCCCAUCGAGACCCUCAACCAUCCCUUUGUCACCAUGACCCAUCUCCUGGACUUUCCGCACAGCUCUCAUGUAAAGUCUUGUUUCCAGAACAUGGAGAUCUGUAAGAGGCGAGUGAACAUGUAUGACACUGUGAACCACAGCAAAACGCCCUUCAUCACGCAUGUGGCCCCCAGCACUUCCACUAACCUCACUAUGACCUUCAACAACCUGAACACUGUGCACAGCCAGACCUCUGCUGCAUCCAUGGCAGCCGUUGCCCAGAGGAGUAUGCCCCUGCAAACUGGAACUACACAGAUUUGUGCCCGUCCUGACCCCUUUCAGCAGGCUCUGAUUGUCUGCCCACCGGCCUUCCAAGGACUGCAGACCUCUCCUUCCAAACAUGGUGGCUACUCCGUGCGCAUGGAUAACACUGUGCCCCUCGUGACGCAGACCGCUGGGGCCCAAGCCCUGCAGAUCCAGUCAGGACUCCUGGCACAGCAGGCUUGGUCAAGUGGCACUCAGCAGAUCCUCCUUCCACCGGCCUGGCAGCAGUUGGCAGGAGUUGCAGCCCACACAUCUGUCCAGCAUGCCGCGGUCAUCCCAGACAGCAUGACGGGCACCCAGCAGCUGGCAGACUGGCGGAACAGCCAUGCCCACCACGGUGCCCACUACAACCCCAUCAUGCAGCAGCCGGCCCUCCUGGCUGGUCAUGUGACCCUACCCUCUGCCCAACCUCUAAAUGUGGGCGUGGCUCAUGUCAUGAGACAGCAGCCAACCAGUGCUUCCUCUUCGCGCAAAAAACAGCACCACUCCUCAACCAGGUCAGCCGCCAGACUGGUGGGCGGGGCUUAUCGCAGAAACGCCUCUUCCCACGAGGUUUCCUCCUCCCAAUCCCACAGCUCCCCCCAGCGCUCCAAACGGGUGAAGGAGAACACGCCUCCUCGCUGCUCUGUGCCACAGAGCUCGGCCCCCUGCGUCCCCUCUAUCACCUGCGGUUGGGGGGACAGUUCUGUGGCCCCAUCCCGUGUUGACCAUCAGCGCCAAACAAUCGUCAUCCCUGAUACGCCCAGCCCGGCCGUGAGCGUCAUCACUAUCAGCAGCGAUACUGACGAAGAGGAGGAGCAGAAACACGUUGCCCCCAGCCUUCCCAAACAGCGCCGGAAUGUUAUCAGCUGCGUCACCGUACACGACUCGCCUAUCUCAGACUCCUCGAGUAACACCAGCCCUUAUGUUGCCAACGGUCAGCGGCGAGCUGCCAACACGGUUGCCCAUGAGAGCAAAUUCCAGCCAGAGGUUCCUUGCUCCACCAACUCCCGCAACAUCAUUGUGCCACCUCUGAAGACCCAGGCCAGUGAAGGACGCCUGGAAUGCGAGCGGCGAAAGCCAGAUACAACCAGCCACCACUCAUACAAACCCAAAUCCUCCACCUCCUCUACUGUGGCUUCCAGCACACAUUCCUCCAGCAUCUCUGUCUCCUCAGCUUCCUACCGCCAGUCCAGGACCACUGGACACUCGUUCCAGCAGCAGCCGCUCAAUCUCAGCCAGGUAUCUCAGCACAUAAACACCGAGCGAGCUGCCAGCCAUCGAAGACAGCAGGCCUACAUAGCACCCACACUUGCCCAGGCCCCAUAUUCUUUCCCGCACAACAGCCCCAGCCAUGGGGCGGUACACCCUCACCUGGCAGCCACUGCCCACCUCCCCAGCCAACCUCACCUGUAUACCUACACGGCUCCUGCUGCUCUCGGUUCCACGGGGACCGUCGCCCAUCUGGUAGCAUCUCAAGGUUCUGCGCGUCACGCUGCAUAUCCUACCAGCAUCGUUCCGGUCAACAUGGCAUCACGACUGCUUCCGUCUCCCAGCCUCCAUCCUAGCCAAUACCAGGCACAAUUCACCCAUCAAACUUAUAUCCCAGCAUCCCCCACUUCCACUGUAUACACUGGCUACCCUCUGAGUCCACCCAAAGUCAAUCAGUACCCCUACAUCUAACUUCUCUUACCCGAGGAUCAAUGGAGGGAGAGUGGCUCAACAGAGGUGGACAGGUGAACUUACAGAACUUUUUAAUCUGAAAGUAGAAGUUGACAAUUUUCAGAACCUUUCUUUUUUUUUUUUGAUUUGGAAUACCACCACCUAUGUUUGGUUCUGGAGGAUUAGUAGAACCCAUGCACGCAGAGACCUGGAAUUGUGGACUUCUUUGAGCCCAAAACUGUUUCUGCACAAGCAUCUUUUUAGGAGAUCGAGACCUCACCCCAUAAAUCGUUGUGGUCUCCUCUCUUCACUGGAUCUUAGAACUGUGUGAAGACUAUGCUGGAGAAGUCACCCACUGGGUUAUAAAAUGCUGUAUUUAUUAAUCCGACUGACUAAAAACACACCAGGAUUUGGUGAUGUAGCGCAAAUAUAGGAGAUUAUACAGAGUCUAUAGAAUUUAGGGGGGUGGUGACGAUACUGUAAUUUUAGUUUUUAAUUUCUUAUUUUACUUUGAUAUUUGCGGGGAAAAAAAUGGAACCGCGUGUGUUUUUUGUUCUGCAUCACAGGGAGGUCCCACUUCCUUCUUCAUCUUCUUCCUUCUCAUGCCCUCCUCAAGGACAGGGGGAGGGCACUGCGGAUACCUCUGAUAACAACUUAUUUGCACCGCUUUUAGGUUUUGACUCUGAGUUUUUGUUUUUGUUCUGUUUUUUUUUCCCCCUCUUGCCGCACUAAUUGUAAUCAUUUUAAGUUUUAGAGGGUUGUAAUUUUUAACAAAUGAUUUUACAAGUGUAUAGAAGGAUAACAAACUCUCCAGGGUUUUAAGAUACCAAAAAAAGAAAAAAAAGUUGAAAAAAAAAA